UUUUUUAAUUUGUUGCUCAUAAGUGUGGAAAAUAAGAAUUGUUUGGAAGAAUUGUUUUAAAUUAAUUUAAUUAUCGGGACGUAUAAGCAACAAUUUUUCAAUGGUUUAGUCCACUCGAUCUCAACAUCUAAAGGAAAAGAAAAAAAAAAGAAGUUCAAAGAAUUGAGGCUACCCCCUUAUGAAUAAAUCCAGAAAAAAGUAAAUAAAUAUUCGAAGACCAAAGUAAAGAAAUGGUUAAGAAAAAUAAAAAAUCGUUAUCAGAUGCAGUUUAUGCAAAAAAGUCAUUAAAUAAAAAUGACAAUCCUUUUGCUACAGCAAGGGCAGCCACCGCCAAACAUUUGAAUCCUUUUGAAGUGCAUAUAAAUAAAGAGAAAUUUCAAAUACUGGGGCGUGUUUGUAAACAUGAUAAAGGCUUGCCCGGAAUCUCCCGUGCGAAAGCGGCAAAAAAGCGCAAAGAAACUUUAGGUCAGGAAUUUAUGGAGAAACAUAAAACUAACCACUUUAAAGAUCGACGUAUAGGCAAGCAUCUUAGUGAAGCACAAUUAAAUGAGGAAAUCAUAAAUGCUCGCUUUACCGCUGAUAGAAUGGAAAAAAUAAAGCAGAGUAAACAUUCACGUUUCAAUUUAAAUGAUGAUGAGAUUUUAACACAUCGCGGUCAAACACUAGCAGAUAUUGAACAAUUUCGUGAUGACCGGUCCGAAGAGGACGAUGAAGAAAACGAAAGACUAGAUGCUGAAUUUACGGAAGCAGCCCAUUUUGGUGGUGGGUCCGAGACAGGGAAAGAUCGCAAGACAGCUAUUGAUGAAAUGAUUGUGGAACAAAAGAAACGUAAAAUGGAAAUAGCUAAGGAAAAGGACGAAAUAUUUAACAUGACUGAAAAAUUAGAUGCAAACUAUAAAAGUCUCGUUUCUCUCAUGAGCAAAACAAGUAAGAGCGAAUUUAAAGAAAAACCUACGCCGGAUGAUUAUGAUAAAUUAAUGCGCGAAAUGAUAUUUGAGCCACGUGGGGUGGUAAGCGAUCGUUUGCAGUCUGAACUGGAAUUAGCAAAACAAGAGAAAGAGCGUCUGGAACGACUAGAACAAGAACGUUUAAAAAGGAUGAAAGCCGAUGGUGAAGAGGAGAACGAAACUAGUUUGAAAAAGCCCAAACAUCGUUCAGCGGAUGAUUUAGACGACGGUUACUUUGCCAAUGGUGAUGAAGAUGAAGCUAGCAUUUUGGCCUAUAACUUGAAAGGAGGGCUCGAGACAAAGAUGAAUGGUGAAACAAACGGGUACUUGGAAAAGCAAAAUCAAAGCAAAAACCAAGAAGAAUGUGACAGCGAUGAAGAUGAAGAGGAUGGUGAAGAGGCAGCGUCAGAAUACGAUGAAAAUGAUGAUGAUUUAAGUGACUUAAAAGCCAGUGAAUCGGAGGAUGAAGAAGAAACAACGCCAUCCCAAAAAGAUAACGGAGUGGAUUGUAUAAACAGAGAAGCACUUACGAAACCGCAAUCUGUACAAAAGACGACAGCGGACUUGCCAUACCUCAUAGAAAUGCCAUCCAAUUUUGAAGAGUUCAACAAUUUAUUGUUACCUUACAAACUUUCCGACCAAAACAUUAUAAUUGAACGUUUAAUUAAAUGCAACCAUCCGGAAUUAGAAAUUGGUAAAGGCGAAGCUGUUGCCAAACUAUUUUCUCACAUAUUAAAAUUGUUAAAUGAGAAAUUUGUUGACGCCAAUUUGGAAGAUGUACGACAGAACUUUCAACUUUUAUCCAUAAUGGUGCCCCAUUUGUAUGAAAUAAUGUAUUUGAAUCCGGAACGCAUGUCGCAAACAUUAUUAGGAAUGAUUAAAGGAAAGUACACUGAAUAUAAAAAAAAUCCUAAGCAAUAUCCCUCGUUAGAAGUUUUGAUCUUCUUAAAGUUGGUCUCGAAUUUAUGUUCGACUUCAGAUUUUAGACAUCCCGUUGUCACUCCCUGUUACAUAUUUAUACAGCAUAUAUUGUCGAAAGCAAGAAUACGCUCGCGCCAAGAUAUAGCGAUGGGUUUAUUUUUAGUUACGUUGUCUUUGGAAUACGCUCAGUUGUCUAAACGGUUCUUGCCAGCUGCGUUCAACUACCUCCUUGGUGUGAUCUAUUUAAGCAUACCAAAAAGACCAGUGGAGACUUUAAAAAUUUUGCCACCCUUUCAAAGUCACGGCAUCUUCAACAGGUUAUUAGCCAUACCAGAGGAAAGCGACGUUUUCAAGAAUAUACCUGAGCAGCUAAUGACAAGCGAAGAUUUAGUAACUCAAACGAUAAAUGAUGAUUUUAAACUCCGCGCACUAAAUCAUUGUCUUAAAUUAAUACAAAAUGCUGUUGAAACUGUUAAAGAAAAUGUGGGCGCAAACUAUUUAGCUAUGCCAUUAUUGGAAAUGUUAGAACGUUUGCCUUUGUCCUCUUACCCGGAUUAUAUUAAGACGAAUUAUGAGAAAACUAAAAUAGGUUUAGAAACGUUAGCCAACAAGAGCUUGAAAAAAUUGGUGCCUCCGGAGAAGAAACCUAAGGCUUUGCGUUUAUUAGAACCGCGGAUCGAACAGAUAUACGAUGAUAAACGGCGUCCCAAGCUGUCGAAGCAUAAAGAGGAAAGAGUUAAACUUUUGCACAAAGUUAAGAGAGAAACCAAAAGUGCCGUGCGCGAGCUACGACGUGACACUCAGUUCUUGCAAAAAAUGCGUUUGCAACAACAACUACAAAGUGAUGCUGAACGUCGCGAAAAAGUUAAACGUAUUUUUGCAGAGGCCUCCUUGCAGCAAGGCGAGCUCAAUGCUUUGGACAGAGCCAAAAAAAAGAAGAAAUUCUAAUGCUUUGCCUGCGUUCGUU